AUGAAGCUCAUCGCCUACUCGACCAUCGCGUCCACCGCGUGCGCGUUCGUGUCGACGUCGCCGGCGGCCUCCGCCGUCAGCCUGCGCGCCGUCGAGGCCCGCGCCGUCGAGGCGGCGCCGGCGCGCGACCUCACGGGCCGCAUCCCGGACUGCCCGGCGACGCUCUGGGACGACCAGAACAUCGACGUCGCCGCGGCGCGGCGCGGCGCGGCGCCCCUGCCCGAGUGCCCGACGGAGCACGUCGCGCGGCUGUCGAGCGCGGGCCCCGAGUACUUCCGCGAGCGGAGCGCGGCCAUCCUGGGCGACCUCGAGAAGCACGGCUGCGUCUGGUUCCGGGGCUUCGACCUCAUGAAGACGGAGGCGGGCUUCCGCCAGUUCUACGAGGCCGUGGGCCUCGACCCGUGCCUCGACCCGAUCCACACGUCGGGCCUCCGCGCGUUCGCGUCGCAGUCCGACGCGCUCUACGAGGAGGUGAACAAGGAGAGCCUCGCCCAGCACUACAUCGGCCUCCACCAGGAGUCGACGCACAAGAAGACGGCGACCUACGGCGCCUUCGUGUGCUUCAAGCCCGCGACGGUGUCCGGCGGCGAGUUCUUCAUCGCCGACGCGGCCAAGAUCGCGCGCGACCUGGACGCGGACGUCGCGCAGCGCAUCUACGACAAGAAGAUCCGCAUCUCCGUGUCGAACCUCGACCUCAACUUCCUCGAGGCCGCGGGGCCCUUCAAGGAGGGGCUCAUGGAGGGCGCGAAGAACGCCGUCGACACGCUCGUCGCGCCGAAAUUCGACAUGGACCUCGAGAUGAUCUACGGCGCCGACGGCAAGCCCAUGCGCCUCCAGGCCGUCGAGCAGGUCGCGAGCCCGCUGAACCGCCACCCGAAGACGGGCGAGCUCCUCUGGUUCUGCAACAUCCACAACCACGCGCGCUACCUCCGGGACCGGCGCCCGUGCACGGUGCCCGAGGUCGGCAUGACGGAGGUCUACCACGGCGACCUGUCCGCCAUUUCCUCCGACGACCUGGACCACAUCAACGCCGUCUCGGAGAAGAACAUCGCCAAGAUCCCCAUGCAGCCCGGCGACGUGCUCCUCGUCGACAACUACCGGAUCCUCCACGGCCGCGACACGUUCAAGGGCGACCGCUACCACGCCGUCUCCUGGUUCGGCGGCCUCGUCAAGGACCGGCCCGCGGACUACGACGACGGCGACGACGACGCCCAGAAGCCCGGCGACCUCCUCAACAAGCUCAUCAACAAGUGCGAGACGCCCUUCUUGGGACCGACGGAGAUCACCGUCGGGCAGAAGGGCCGCUUGUACCUCUUCCUCGGCGCCUUGCCCGCGAGCACCGCCUUCACGUUCGCCGCCACCGUCGCGACCAUCGCGUCGAUGGCCGGCGUCGCGACGCGCUCGCUCACGGGCGCCGGCGACCGCCUCGCCGGGAACGCGACCUUGGCGCCGAUGGCCAUGACGACGGCCUCGCAGGGCAGGCUCGACCCGUCCGCCAGGAGGACCUGGGGCUGCUUCUCGUCGUUGAGCAACAUGCCCGUGGCCUCGUUCUGCACGACCUUGCCGCGCCUCAGCGCCUUGUCGUAG